AUGCAUUGUCAACAAAAAGAGUGUUCAGCUUUCUCGUACACGGAGGUCGACAGAAGGUGUAACAUCUACUCCGGCUUCAUUUUCGAGGGGACAGAUGAUGACAUGUCCAAUUCAACCAUGUUCUUCUCUAAGACUCCAGUCCUGGGCAGCUGUCAGGAGGCCCCGCAUGGAUCUCCCUCGGGAAUCUACACCAUUACUACAGAAGGAAAAAGUCUCGCAUUGUUUUGUGAUAUGGACACUGCAGAUGGACCAUGGAUUGUGCUACAGAGACGAAUAAACGGAGAUAUUGAUUUCUAUCGUAACUGGGCAGACUACAAAAACGGUUUCGGGGAUCUACUGGGAAAUUUCUGGAUAGGUAACGACAAUCUUCACCUCCUGACAAACUCCUCGGUGAUCCUACGUGUGGAACUUGAGGCCUGGAGCGGGGUUAAAGGACAUGCCCAGUACUCACGAUUCCAGGUGGCCAAUGAAAACCAAAAUUACAGACUUUCCGUGCAGGGGUUCUCUGGUGACGUUGACCGUAAGUCUUUCCAUGUCUUCAAGUGGGUAUGA